GAUGUAGUGGCAUCAUACCCAGGCUCAAACCAUGAUUCCUAUAUUUUACAACAGAGCUUGUUAGGAAACAUGUUUGCAAAUGGUUCCUUUGGAGAUGGCUUGCUUCUAGGUGACAAUGGGUAUAGUUUGCAGUCUUGGCUGAUGACCCCAUACUUAAAUCCUUCAACAGCUGCAGAGAAAAAGUACAAUAGGGCACAUGUUAAAACACGAACCCAGGUCGAGAGGCUUUUUGGCAUACUAAAAAGCCGUUUCCGGUGCCUGGAUAUCACUGGUGGUGCCCUACUCUACAAGCCAGAAUUUGUGGGUAAACUUGUUAUUGCAUGCUGUAUUCUACAUAAUAUUGCAAAUACUCAUCAAAUUCCUAUUGAAAUAGCAUCAGAUUUACGCGAACAUAUAGCAUGUCAAGGGGAAUAUAGACAAGAAGGCACGCAUGAAGGUCGGGCAAGACAGCAGGAAAUUACACAUCGGUUCUUUAGAAACUAAUUUUUGCAAAAUUCUUUUGGAAAUGUGUUAGAGCCUUUUACAUAUUUAAUUUUACAGUAGUGUCUUUCAGAUUAAAUGUUACCUUGGAAACUCAGUUGGCCAGAUUAAAUGUUGUA